AUGCUACUCCCUGAUAUAGUCGGUCCACAACCACGAUCACACACACACACCCAAUUAAUCAAACUAGAAGCGUCGCUGACAAACACCACUCUUUCAGGAGCUCAAGCAACAUUAGAAAAACUUCAUUUAAGCGGAAAUCAAAUUGAAAUGAAUUUAAAUUUAAUUUCAACACUUCCAAGAUUAAAAGAAUUACAUUUGGCAGAUUGCUCUUUAAAUAAUAUUCCUUACAGUCUUUCAAAAUCUUAUCAAAAAUUGAAAUUCUUGAAUUUAUCAACUAAUGGACUAGAUCAUUUACCUCCAAAUUUGGAUGCUUUAUUGCCUCAAUUAAAAGUUUUGGAUAUUUCUAAUAAUCAAUUUAGGUAAAAAUUUUUUGUCUUCUUAUCGGACCUCUCUAUAAAGAAUACUUUCAAAUUUAGAUGUAUUAGAAACAAUACUAGAUAAACCUCCCCAUUUAAGAGACGCCUUUUUCCUAAUAUUAGUAAGCCCCAAAGUUGGGGGACCUGUUCAAGAGUAAAUUUUUGGUUGGACAGUAGUAGAGGGAAGUGACCAUCACC